AUGGUUGCAAGCACAAGCUGUCUCCACUCAGGUAGUGACUGUAUCUACCCAUCCAGAGAGUUGACUCCCUGUGUCAACGAAGAGGUGGUCAAGUAUGAAGUUGAUAAUGGGUUUGAUAUUGGGAGCUUGGUGUCAAAUCGGCCGCUCAAUAGCUACGUCGGAGGCUCUUUCGAUGUGUUACCUGAAGCGUCCAAAGUAUUGUUGCGUCACUAUGCCGUAUUCUCCGUCAGAGGACAGCGCCCUGUAGUCAGGGAAAACGAACUGAGUGUGAUCAGCAAAGCUUUUGAAAAUCCGGGUUAUAUGCAUAUGUGUCUCGUUCUGGCUGCUUGCCAGUGGGCUUGGGUGAGGGGCAGUCUGGAUGAAGUCACAUUGCCCUUCCUUCAUCACAAAUCGGCAACGUAUCGUUUUGUGAGAGAACAACUCCUGAGUGCAGACACGGCUAGGACAAGAGAGACGAAUCUGGCGAUAUCGACUCUCGCUUUAACAGAGGCGGCUAUCGGUGAUUUGGAGACUUCGACCAAACACCUAAUGGGCUUUAGAACUGCGAUGCAGAGCAGACCAUCUGGCCCGUCGCUCCCACAAAAAAUGCUAAAGACGCAAGUUUACCUGAUGGCGGGAAAGAUGAGCGAGAGUCUUCGACAGAUGGCCUCUGUCCCCCACGUAGUCCCUGUAUCAGAGUAUCAGCCAACAUUUCUUGCACUAAUCUUCACAUCGAUAUGGGACAUCACCGCCCUUCCACCAACUGAAGCACCAAAGUACGGUUGGUGGGAGGCUGCUUCCGUAUGGCAAAACCAUACGAAGCACUUGAACCUCAACUAUGAGUUGUCGCGAGGUUUCAACCCAGACACAUACAAGCCAAGAAUCUUGAAUGGCGAUCCACAAAGCAGUCGCACUUGCUUCAUAGCAACAUUCUUCUAUCUUGUCUCCGAGGUCGGGGCUGGAGAGAUGGAUACCGCGCUGGUGGACUGGCUUCUGGAACAGCUCAUUGACGACAUCACAACGUGUGAGCAGCGGAUAGGGGCGAGCCCCAUCACCGGCCCAUUGUGGCUAUGGUACGUCCUAUUUGGCGCGGCGGUCGCUGAUUCAAGCAGAGCUUCGGACGUGGUCGAGGCUAUGCAGCUGGCCAAGUGGAAGAGAGUGUUCGAGGACAAGUUAUCGAUUGUAAAUGAAGCAUUGGGCAUCACGGACUGGGCGACAGUCAGGCCGAUACUCGCAGGUAUCACCAGGGGACUGGAUCACGAGGGAGCUGAAGAUCUCAGGGGAAUAUGGGAGGGAAGCACAUUCCGGAAUUCUAGCAGCGCGGCGAUAGACCAACCAUCCUGA